AUGAUGAUCAAAAAUACAUCUGUUUUUGUUUUAAUAUUCACAACUCUACUGCUGAAUACUCGCGACGGUAUGGAGGGAAAAUCAUCAUACAAAACCUACUUAAAUCGAAGUGGGUUAUUCAACAAAACCCUUUUCAAUUUCACUGAUACUAAAAACAAAACUGUAUUUGAAGGCUGGAUAGAGUAUUCAGAUAAAGUUCAACGAUCUAAAGCCACGCUUGUACCACUUUAUGGACAGAACAACCAAUCAGCCAUUUUCUUCUAUCUACUCAACUCAGGACCAAAUGGAUCGAGUUUUGCUGGCGUCCACAAGAUAAUUUUUGAUCCGGUUUGGCCAGUAUAUGACGGUGUUGUAAUUGAUCUACAUAG